AAAAGGUGAAGGCAUAGCGUUAAAAGUGAACGUAUCUGCUUACGUUCUGCCAGCUUUAAAUUUAUAAAUUAAUAUUCAAAAAUGCAUCCCUGUGCCAACAAAAUCUCUUGCUAUUUUUGCAGAUGCCUUGCUCUUGCCGCUCAUUUAUUGAGUUUCCUUCACAUGCCUUCAUUGUCAAGAACUCGACUAUUUAUAAACAAAGCAGUCAAGCGAUGUUCAAAAAAUUCAUAAUACAUAUUAUAAAAAAUUAUUUUGUGUUUAUUAAACCUUCGCGAUAGCACAGUACAUUCUGAUUUUGAUUACAUAAAGCAUACAAGGGAACAACAACAACAACAAUGUCCACUGUGUCGUCUGAAAUCUAUAAAGAAACAAAUUUCGAGCGCAUUAAAAGUGCUGAUGGGAAAGUGAUAUCGAAAUUUAAAUUUUGUUAUCCUACUGAAGAAGCCGACUAUAAAAAUUCACCACCUAAAGCAGCUGUAGACAAAGAUGGUGAUUUUCAAGUGUGUCGCCAACCGAAGGCUGGCACUGCUGCUAUCGAAGUUGAGCACUCCGAAGAAACGGAAAUACGACUUGUUGGUCUCCAAGUGUGGCGCGGUGCUUUGUUAUUGGCAGAUUAUUUAUUCCAUUGUCGUAAAGAGUUUGAGCACAAAAACAUUUUGGAAUUGGGAGCCGGAGUUGGUCUUACAAGUAUAGCGGCUGCUGUAUACGUUAAACAAGUUGUAUGCACCGAUGUGGAUUUGGGUGGCAUAUUAAAUUUAAUUCGCGCAAAUGUACAACGCAAUGCUCGUCUCUUAAGUGGAAAUGUGGAAGUGCUUGAAUAUGAUUUUUUCAAACUUCUAAAAGACUAUACGCCUGCUCUGAUAAAAGCCAUUGACGAAAGUGAUAUUGUCUUGGCAGCAGAUGUCAUCUAUGAUGAUGAUCUGACGGAUGCUUUCAUACGUGUCAUCGACUCUAUAUUUGAGCGGCAAAGUGUGACGGGGAAAAGUAAAACAAUUUACGUAGCGCUGGAAAAACGUUAUGUCUUCACCUUUUCAGAGUUCGAUGCUGUGGCACCCAUGUUUGAAUAUUUCAUAAAACAAACGCUUAACAAAACUUGGCAUUUCGAGUACAUAAAGCUCGACUUUCCACAAUAUUUUGAAUAUGAACGCUGCAGGGAGCUUGUGCUGCUUAAAUUGACCAACAUAUGAAAGUGCGGAGGAGACACUGUAUGC